CACUCCGGGGCGUUACACAAGAGCGGUUCUCGAGGGAAGGGUCCAUUCAUUGCAGCUUGGCUGUGGGAGGAGAGGAGCCGAGAGCGGCUCCAAUUACCCCCUGUCAGCCCGAGCAGUGUCUGUGUCAUCUCCCACUGAGCCUACCCGGCUCCCAGUGUUCGCUGGAACAGCCGCCGACCACAUCGCUCAACCCAGCAGCCACGGACAGGGAGGCUCUUCCGCUCACCGGGGUAAAGAGAUCCCGAAAACACCUCGUUCCCGGCACUUCUUCUAACAGUCCAGAGGGGAUUGGCAAGGCCGCCAACUCCCCAAUUGCCGGGAAGCAGAGUGAGAGGGAGACCGGUGGAGUGAGCAGUGGACUGACCCAUUGACAAAGAAUGACAGAGAAAGAGGCUCUAAAUGAUUCCAGUGCCCCACAGAAGGAGGAACAGCCUGGAUCUCCGAUCCAGAAGCUGAAGUCACUUUUUCAGAAGAAACAGAAAGAAACAAGCAAAGAGGAGAUCCUCCCACAGCAGCCGAAUGGCGAGAUUGUGAACACAGGGGGAGGGGUGGUCUAUUAUUACUAUGAGGAGGAAGAAGAGGAGGAGGAGGAAGAGGAGAAGGAGGAAUUCCCCCUACCAGAGCCCCCCAAGCCUGUCAAUGACAAACCCCAUAAGUUCAAAGACCAUUACUUCAAGAAGCCGAAGUUCUGUGAUGUGUGCGCACGGAUGAUCGUCUUAAAUAACAAGUUUGGCUUGAGAUGCAAGAAUUGCAAAACCAACAUCCACCAUCACUGCCAGUCUUAUGUGGAGUUCCAGAGAUGUUUCGGCAAGAUUCCCCCUGGUUUCCGCCGAGCAUACAGCUCUCCUCUCUACAGUAACCAGCAGUUCGCCUGUAUCAAGGAGCUCCUGCCCUUCUCUGUGGCAAAUCGGUCGGACCCCGUUUAUGAGACCCUCAGGACAGGAGUCGUGAUGGCGAACCGUGAGAGGAAGAAAAACUCUGAGGACAAAAAGCAUCCUGCGCAAAUGGUUGAUGAAGAACUUGAUAGUUCCAAGCCCGGGGAAGAGCACGGGUCCGGAGGUGGUGAGGCACCAGACAAAAAAGACAAGAAUAAUCCAGAGGAAGCCAAGAACAAAAAGCCACAGCCUGGAAUGCGAGGAGGCUUCACCCAGACACACUACUUUGUGGCCUUGUACAGAUACAAAGCCCAGGAGAAGGAUGAUCUAGAUUUCCAUGCAGGUGACAGGGUGACCGUCUUUGACGACUCUAAUGAGGAAUGGUGGAAGGGUAAGAUUGGAGAGAAAUCAGGCUACUUCCCAGCAAACUAUAUCAUAAGAGUGCGUGUGGGAGAGCGUGUUCAUAAGGUCAUCAGGUCAUUUGUUGGCAACAAGGAGAUGGGCCAGAUUACCCUGAAGAAGGAUCAGAUUGUCGUGCAGAAGGGAGAGGAGGUCAACGGCUACAUCAAAGUGUUCACAGGCCGGAAGGUGGGAAUGUUCCCCGUUGACUUCCUGGAGGAGAUCUGAGCAUGUGCAAAAGCCAGAAGAAGAAGCCUGGAGAUGGCUGUUCCAAAUUCACACAAGUGCCUAACCUCUCCGCGUGUGAAGAAACUGUCUCCACCUCGUCCGUGUGGAGGAAACAUAUUUCAUGGUUAUGUCUGAGCCAGUGGGAGUGAAUCUUCUAGACAAAAAUGGAGGACUGUUGCUACAGAGAUCUAAGCAUACCUCAGUGUGUUAGGGAAACUUUAUUUUGAAGAUAGAAGAAUCGCUGAUUUUAUUUGUAUACUUAGGGUAGCACAAAUUUGCCAUCUUGUGUGAGACUUCAGUGUUAAUUUAUGCUUCUGUUUGCAAGAAUUUUGAUGAAAAUAUUUAUGAGGCAAAUGGUGAUUGUAAAUUUGCAUAAUCUAUGCCCAUAAUUUGAAGGGUUUCUGGAAUGUAUUUAUGGUCAGAAUGACAAAAUGAUGGUUUUUUCAAGUAUGGCUUAUUGACGAGGCCAGAAAGGGUGAUUAAACAAAGAACUACAAUGCCAGGGCCCAAAACAGAGUUAGGACUAGAAUGAGGGCCAGAAGAUUUCAUUCAUAGCUAAGUCGGUAGCCUUUACUGCCAAUGUAAGCUCUUGGAAACUCUGUUCGGGCUUUCUCUACCCAAAGAGUUUCAUUUCCACUUAGACAAUCCAUUAACUCUCAGCUAGGGAAACAUUCCAGUCUCAAACCUGAUACUCAGACAGCUGUGGUACCAGAUAGAAUGUGGGAAUGUUUCACACUGUUAACUGCAAAAGCCAGAGUAGAGUUUUUUCUCCCCUUGCCCUUCAAAUAUGUUUCCUGAAAGAAAAUGAGGAGAGAGUGCUGUAAUUAUUGCUUUGACAGCAGUGAUGCUCUGCUGCAUGGGUUGGGUAUUUAUCUGUCGCACCGAUCAGUUGUGAGGACCUCAAUGAGCCCAUUUUCGAGCUUUUAGUACAGGCCAUUGAUUGAAUGACACAUUGAAGUAAAUAGAUACGAAGGCACGACUAGCCUAAGCAUAUUUUAUUGUGAGCUAUUUCUGUGAAGGAGUCGAUAGGGAUCUAGAGGCAGAUCAGGAAUAUAGUGAGGGAGGAGUGUGACUAUUCAGAGCUCUGUGAAUUUUUGUGAGUGUGUGUGUUGGAUAUGUACAGUAUGUAUGCACAUUAGUGUGUGUUUUGUGUAUAUAUAUAUAUAUGUGUGCAUUAGUGUGUGUGAGAGAUCUUUGAACACAUUUGCUGUCAUUAACUAAUUACUGCAGCUACCACCAAUAAUGUUUCCUUACUUUACUGCUUUUUUUGUCAAGUCUGUCAGCUGCGACAAUUUUUGAAGCUGAAACAUUUCACUCUUGCUGCAAUAGAAGCUUUAUUUUUAGCUGCGUCCAAUUUAAAUAUACAUCCCCGAUCCCUGAGGGUUCGACUUGGCUCUUUCUGUUCAUGCUCAUAGUGCAAGGUGUGAUCGUCACUGGCACGCCAGCAUUUUUCACACAUCCAUAACUGCCCCUGGCCUGAAGGGGAGGCAGGAGGUGGGUAACCAUGUGUGGUGGGUCUGGAGUCAAGUUAUGGGCCGGCCAGGGUAAAAGUGUCAGGUUUCCUUGGCCAAGUAUCAUUAGUGACCCAGAUGGGUUUUUAACAACAAUCCUGUGGCUUCAUAGUUACUGUUACUUUAAAAAUUUUUUACUGUUAUUUAAAAAAUUCCAGGUAUAUUAAAUUACUUGGAUUUAAAUUCCCUAGGUACUGUGUUAGAUUCGAACUUAUGCAUCAAGAUCAACAAGCCAGGAUUCUGUUGUUAGUCGUUUAAUUUAACUGCUGCACUACCACACCCCUUGAAGUAAUAUUGACUUCUUCUGUCCCAUUUUGUACCUCAGUAAUGUCCAUCUUCUUCCCAAAGAGAAUUUAGUAGUCCAAUCCCUUUAUAGUCCAGGCUAGUCUUGUUGCUUCUCCCUACAUCUCACUUAGUGGGAAUGUGCAAACCAAAUUGCAGACAGUUCUGUAACUGGGUGAGCUCCGUUCAGCGUAUGGAGAUUUACAGGAAAGGACCAAGAGUGCUGGCAGUAGCUGGUUAACUCUUUCAAGGUGUUGGCAUGUGUUCAAUGAGCCAAGUGGCCUUCUUGAGUAGUCUUUGAUUGAGUGGUUCAAUAUUCAAAGUAAAUCAGAGUCGGGUUUAUUAAACUUUAACAAGUAGUGCAGAAAGGGAGCAAAAUAGUGAUGUAGUAUUCAUGGGUUCAUUGUCCAUUCAGAAAUCUGAUGGUGAAAUCUGAUGCAGUACCUAAAAUGUUGAGUGUGUGUCUUCAGGUUCCUGUACCUCCUCCCUGAUGGUACCAAUGAGAAGAAGGCAUGUCCUGGGCGAUGAGGGUCUUUAAAUGAUGGAUGACGCCUUUUUGAGGCAUCCACCUUUUUGAAAUUUCCUCGAUGGUGGGGAGGCUAGUGCCCAUGAUGGAUCUGGCUCAGUUUCCAACCCUCUGCAGCCUUUUCCGAUUCUCUGCACUGGCAACUCCAUGCCAGACAGUGAUGCAACCAGUCAGGAUGCUCUCCACGGUACAGCUGUAGAAAUCUGCUCGAGUCUUUGGUGAUGUAUCAAGUCUCCUCAAACCCCUCAUCAAAUAUAGCUGUUGAGGUGCCUUCUUUUUAAUGACAUCAAUAUGUUGAUACCAAUGUGGUGACUCCAUGGUCCCAUGCUGUGUCUCUCUGUGUCAAAGACAUCAUUCAUUCUGGCUACUUGGGUUAUACAUUUGUUUCUUCCCAACAUGUAACACCAUCCAUUUCUCCCUGUUAUACUUCUGAACCAAUAGUGACUCACAUCUUGAAGUGCUCCCAUGUUACAUACUGGGCUGUACUUUAGAAGGAUAUGGGCCAAAUGCAGGCAAAUGGGACUGGCUUAGAUGGGCCCCUUGGCUGGUCUGUACAAACUGGGCUGAAAGGCCCAUUUCCAUGCAAAAUGACUCUAUGAUCGACAACUCAAUGCUUGCACUUUGUUACAUCCUGAGCUUCAGAAAAUCAGUGUCCCUGAGGGCACUUACCAGCUCCAAUGCUCUCCCCUAAAGUCAUAGUGAUACCACCCUAACCCAGCACUCUAGGGGCAGCAAGACCUCUGCCUACUUUGAAAGAGGAGAUGCCCGCAACCAGAAACACUGGCAAAACAACUGAAGUGAGGGAACUUACAAGGGUAUGAGGAGAGAUCCAUCUCAGUUUAGUUGAUUGUACACAAGGAAGUAGGAUCAGGCUGUUCAGAGUAGGGUUUUUCCCUUUGGGGUGAAGGAGGAUGAGAGGAGACUUGAUAGAGGUGUACGGGCUGAAAAGAGGCAUAGACAGUGGAGAGCCAGUGCCUUUUUUCCCAGGUGGCAAUGGAUAAUACAAGUGGUGAGCGGAGGGAGGGGGAGUAACAGAGGUAGGUAUUUUACACAGAGCCUUGAAUGAACAACUGGUCGCAGUGGUUGAGGCAGAUACAUUAGGGUCACUUAGGAAACUUAGAUUGGCACAUGGAUAAUAGAAAAUGGAGGGCUAUACACGAGGUAAUGGUUCGACUGAUCUUGGAGUAGGGUAAAAGCUCGACACAACAGUGUGGGCUGAAGGGUCUGUACUGUGCUGUAACGUUCUAUGUUUAGGUACAUUUUCCCCUGAUUGCCUGCCGUUAGUUUGGUAGGGGACUGACAGAAACCCAAGUGAAGUGAUGGAGACGUUUAUAAAAUCAUGAGAUGCAUAGAUAUAAUAGACAGCCAUUAGAACAUAGAACAAUGCUGUGCAACAUUUUAACCUGCUCUAAGAUCAAUCUAACCUUCUCUCCUACAUACACUUUUCUAUUAUCUAUGUGCCUUUCUAAGAGUUUCUUAAAUGUCCCUAAUGUAUCUGCCUCUACCGCCACCCCUGGCAGGGUGUUCCACGCACCCACCACUCACAGUGUAAAAAAAAAACUUCCUUCUGACAUUCUCCCUCCCCCAUAGCUCACUCAACCUGUCCUUAUAAGACAUGCUGUCUCGUCCAAGCAGCAUCCCAGUAAAUCUCCUCUUCACCUUCUCCAAAGCUUCCACAUCCUUCCUAUAAUGAGGCGACCAGAAGUGAGCACAAUAUUCCAAGUGUGGCCUAUCCAAGGUUUUAUAGAGCCGCAACAUAACCUUGUGGCUCUUGGACUUAAUUCCUCCAAUUAAUGAAGGCCAGCACACCAUACACUUUCUUAACCACCCUAAUAACUGUGUGGCAACUUUGAGAGAUCUUUAGAUCCUUAGUAUCUUAAUAAUUAGGCCUAUUAUUGUCAUAUGUACUUUGUUUUUCAUGCUGUCCAUACAGAUCUGUUCAAAGCAUAACUACCCUGAGGUAGUACAAGGGAAAAUCAAUAACAGAAUGCAGAACAUACAGUAGUGUUAUAGUUGCAACAACUUUUUAUGAUAUACAUUAACAAUCUGGAAGGGGGGGGCUGAGUGUAGCAAAUCUAAGUUUGCUGAUGACACUAAACUGAGUGGAAAAGAAAAUUGUGCAGAGAAUGCAUAGAGUCCGCAGAGAGAUAUAGAUAAGUAAGUGGACGAGGGUCUGGCAGAUGGAGUACAAUGCUGGUUAAUGUGAGGUUAUUCUCUUUAGAGGGAAAUGUGGAAGAUCAGAUGAUUAAUUAAAUGGUGAAAGAUUGCAGCACACUGCUGUGCAGAGGGACUUGAGAGUGCUAGUGCAUGAAUUGCAAAAGGUUGUUUUGCAGGUGCAACAUGUUAUCAAGAAGCAAAUUGGCCUUCAUUGCUAGAGGGAUUGAAUUUAAAGGCAGAGAAGUUAUGCUGCAACUGUACAGGGUACUGGUAAGGCCACACCUGGAGUACUGCAUGCAGAUCUGAUCUCCUUACUUGAGGAAAGAUAUACUCCAGUGGCCACUUUAUUGGGUACACCUGUACACCAGACAAUCAUGCGGCAGCAACUCAAUGCGUAAAAGCACGCAGACAUGGUCAAAAGGUUCAGUUGCUGUUCAGACCAAACCUCAGAAUGGAGAAAAAAUGUGAUCUAAGUGACUUUGACCAUGGAAUGAUUGUUGGUGGCAGAUGGGAAACUGAUCUGCUGGGAUUUUCACGCAUAGUAGUCUCUAGGGGUUUCAGAGGAUGGUGUGAAAAACAAAAAAAAAGCAUCCAGUGAGCGGCAGUUCUGUGAGUGAAAAUGCCUUGUUAAUGAGACAGGUCAGAGGAGAAUGGCCAGACUGGUUCAAGCUGACAGGAAGAUGACAGUAACUAAACUAACCCCCCAAUACAACCUUGGUGCGCAGAAGAGCAUCUCUGAAUGCACGACAUGUCAAACCUUGAAGUGGAUGGGCUACAGCAGCAGAAGCCCAUGAACGUUCAGUCCCUGUCCACUUUAUUAGGUACAGGAGGUAACUAAUAAAAUGGCCACUGAGUGUACAUUGACUUUGGAGGCGGUGCAGAGGAGGUUCACCAGAUUGAUUCUGGAGAUGAGGUGGUUAGCCUAUGAGGAGAAAUUGAGUCGUCUGGGACCAUACUCACUGGAAUUCAGAAGAAGGAGAGGGGAUUUUAUAGAAACAUGCAAAAUUAUGAAAGGGAUAGAUCAGAUAGAGGCCGGAAUGCUGUUCCCAUUUGUAGCUGAGAUUAGAAUUAGGGGACAUAGAUUCAAAUUUGGAGAAGUAGAUUUUGGUUAGAGAUGAGGAGGAAAUACUUUUCCCAGAGAGCAGUGGAUCUGUGGAAUUUUCUGCCCAGGUAAGCAGUAAAGGCUACAUCAUUAAAUACAAACGUAUAUUUAAGGCACAGUUAUAUCGAUUAUUAGAUAGUAGGGUUAUGGGGAAAAGUCAGGUAGAUGAUGUUGAGUUGAUUGCCAGAUCAGCCAUCAUCUUAUUGAAUGGCAGAGUGGGAUCAAUGAGCAAGAUAGUCAACUCCUGCUUCUAUUUCUUAUGUAGGGAGCUGUCAGUGUCACCAGUGAGUUCUGUUUAUUUGUAGAGAUGGUGGGAGGCAAUUGGUGGCGAGGAAAAUGGUCAAAGGAAGGCUGGUCUGCAGGAAGAAGAAACUGGAUUUAUCAGCCUGACAAACUGAUAACAGCUUGGUGCAGGUAACACUGACUGCAGGCACGUGAAUAGGCAGGAAGGGACCGAUUUCUAGAGUUUUCCCCAUCUUUUACUAACCUUGUAUCUCCCCCUCUGCAUUUCACUCUCUCUCUCCCCUCCCCUUCCUUGAUCUCCCUUCCCUCCCAUUUUCCCCUCUGCUCUCUCCUUCCCCCUUCCCCUUCUGCCUUUCUGCCCCAUUUCUUCUGCUCCUUACUCUUACUCUUCUAUCUCAUUCCCCUCCCACAUUACCCUCUCCAUUCUCCUCUCUCCCACUUUCCCCCUCUCCUCCCCUCUUCCUAUCUUAUGUCAUUCCCCACCCCAUCUCCUUCCUGUCCUCUUCUACCUCUCCUUUCCCUCUCUGCAUUUCCUUCCCCUUGUGCCUCUCCCUUCCCCACUCUCUCCCUUUCUCUCUCCUUUCCUUUCCCUCCCUCUCCUUCCCUCCCAUUCCCAUAACUCCCCAUUGACCAGUAACCAAUAAAAUUACCACAACAUAUCAUGACCCUUUAGUUCAGAAGUCCGCAGUGGAUUCCAAAGGUGUUGAGUAAGCAGGAGGUGACAGGUUUCUAGAGUGUCUUUCCCAUCUUUUGUCCCUUCCCCUCACAUUACCCCCUCUUUUCAGGAACACCUGAAGUAACUCCUGAAAUGCCAGCUUUGCUGCUGCUGCUACUGUGCGAUCGAGAAUCUCCGGAGACAAAGGCCCCAAAUCCUUGGCUUUGCCUGUUGCCUGUUGUCGGGGCUGGGGUUGAAGCGCUCGGUGCUCGGUGUCGGAGAGCUGGUCGGAGGCUCGGAGUUUUCGGAUAGGCUCGGAGUCGGACUGUGGUCGGAUGCUGCCAGGAUGCUGCAUCGGCAAGUUGGCGGCGCUGGAGGUUCACCGUCUGCGUGAGAUGAUGGGACUUUCGAGAGACUGAGACUUUUACUGUGCCAUGGUCUGUUCUUUAUCAAAUUAUGGUAUUGCUUUGCACUGUUGUAACUAUAUGUUAUAAUUAUGUGGUUUUUGUUAGUUUUUAAGUCAGUUUGUCAUGUGUUUCCGUGAUAUCAUUCUGGAAAAACAUUGUAUCAUUUCUUAGUGCAUG